AUGAACUCCCAACCACAAUUCGACCCGGCCACUAUGAUCGGCAUAGCCGGUGCCUCACCAGGGAGAGCAGAAGACAACUUCGACAUCUUUGAAUGGUACCCGCACUAUCAAAGCUGCCAACGCUAUUUCCUAGACCACGCCCAACACAGCGUCCCCGUCCAGGCCCUCUCCACAUUCUUAAACAUCCGACUCCCCUUCCAGCGCCAACCGAACCCAAUCUUCAAUUCAUCCUCACCCUCCAACACCUCCGGCACACAACCCCAAGGCCCGCCCUCAAUCUCACUGAUCCCCUACAUCCGCCGCCUAGUCGCAACAGGCAUGGACUUCCCAGGCGUGCUGCACGGCUUCUUCGGCGACGACUGGGGUCCCGGCGUGGGACCUAUGCACGAGCAAGAACGGCGCAACUAUCUCUUCGCCGCCAAAAGCGAAGGCUGGGCCUCCGUGAAAAAAGACUACGACAUACCCCCACUAGAAACCAUCCCCUUCCUGCGUCCACUACAGGGACCGCUGGACGCCGAGAUCGAAGCCGCCGAGCGCAGCUGGAGCGAAUGGCUCGCAAUGGAGGACUGGAUGGUCGGCCCUCGGGCACCGGAUACGCUGCACGAUUCCUCCUCGCAAAAUUCACGGCCACGGAGUGCGCGCGGCUGA